GCCGUUCAGACCGUAUUAAGUCUGCUGUGAUCAUGGAACAGAAGCCCCUGAGCUUCCCGGGAUCAAGGACCACAUGUCGCGAUAGGGCUCAAAGGCAGAGAUCAGAGACAGAAUGGGAUCCAGUCAGCGAGCAGAGGCUGUUGCGCAAGAUGGACCUGCACCUCAUGCCAGUGCUAACCCUUCUUUAUCUGUUCUGCUUUCUUGACCGAGGGAAUAUUGGUAAUGCCAGGAUUGAGGGCAUGGAGGUCGACCUUCACUUAGAGGGUACACAGUACAACUGGGCUCUCACGGUGUUUUUCUUUACGUACACUGUCUUUGAGCUUCCGUCCAAUUUGAUCUUGAAGAAGAUUCGUCCGUCAAUAUGGAUACCAACAAUCAUGGUAGCCUGGGGAGUAGUCAUGACUUUGACGGGCAUCGUCUCGAGCUACUACGGACUCCUUAUCGCACGACUGUUUCUGGGGAUUACAGAGGCGGGUCUAUACCCUGGGGUAGCCUACUAUAUCACCAUGUGGUACUCCCGUCAUGAGGCCCAGCUGCGUCAAGCGAUGUUCUUCAGUGCCGCAAGCUUUGCGGGCGCUUUCUCGGGACUUCUGGCGUUCGCGAUUGGGAAAAUGGAUGGCGUGGGAGGCUAUUCUGGUUGGCGCUGGAUCUUCAUCCUUGAAGGUAUUGCUACGGUUGUCGUCGCUAUCGGAGCCUAUUUUCUUUUGUAUGACUACCCGGAUACCGCCUCCUUCCUCACAGACGAGGAGAGAGCCUGGGUCUUGCAUCGCCUGCAGCUGCAAUGGUCAGACAACGGGAACGUCGUGCCAGAUACCGUUGAGUUCAGGUGGAAGUAUGUUUGGGAUGCCGUCUGCGACUGGCAGGUGUAUCUCGGGGUUCUCGUCUACCUGGCCAUGGUGUGUCCAUUGUACGGCAUCUCCUUCUUUCUUCCCACCAUCAUCAGAGAUCUAGGAUUUACGUCGUCCGUGGCUCAGUUGUUAACGGUCCCUCCUUACGUGGCUGCUGCUAUCGCGAGUGUUGUGUCUGCCUGGUUUUCCGACCGCAUGGGUCAGCGCUCCCCACUCCUCCUGUUUCACCUCUGCUGCAUCGUCUGUGGAUUCCUAGUUUGUCUAGCUGGGUCUGUGGCAUGGGUGCCGGGGGUGAUUUACUUUGGAGUCUUUCUUGCAGUUCUCGGCGUCUACCCAGCCAUUCCAGGCCUGGUCACCUGGCUCAGUACGAAUCUCGCUGCGAGCCAUAAACGCGCCGCAGGGAUGGCCAUGUAUAUCGGCAUUGGAAACUUCGCCGGAGCGAUGGCAUCCCACUUCUACCGUACGCAAGAUGCGCCGCGAUACAUCCUCGGCCACUCCCUCGAGCUGGGGUUUGCGUUUAUGGGUGUGAUCUGCGUGGUCGGGAUGCGAGUGGCGUAUCAGCAGAUUAAUGCUCGACGAGUGGAUAAAUUGGUCGCGCUGCGACCGGAGUACACGGUGGACGAGCUGCGCGCGAUGGGUGAUAAGUCGCCGACUUUUCGGUAUAUGUUUUAGCUGCCGGAUGGGGAAUGGUCGAUCAAUGUCAGAAUUAAGGUCCGGUUGUGUUGUCUGAGAUCUACCUCGCAUUUAGUGGCGGCACAAGCUGUAACUAUCCGAAUGGGCUUGACUUCGUUUGCCGUCACAUGAUCCGCCCAAGCCAAGUCCGAUCGCACUCAACGCCUACGUCUCAGUCGACUGCCUGGACAAAUAUGUAGAUCUCUGUCCUCAAGAAUACUUGUCAGUCUAACAUAACUAUUCUCUGUUUCCUG